UUAACACCAAGUCGCGAUGGCUGCACGGUAUUUUGCACUGCCGUUGUUGACGGCUGUCCUGGCGGUGGCUGUACUGAGAGCAGAGGCGUCUACAGCGUGCAAUAGACGAUGUUCCAAGCAGGUUGACGUUUUGACUUGUUUACGGCGCUGUAAGAGGGGAACAGUGCAGCACAGGGCGAGGCACGGGAGAACCGGUCCCGUCAAGUUUGAUUAUCCCCUCCGAGAAAUAUCAGAGUGCUCUUCCCACGUGCCCAUUAAAGCCGCGUCCAUCACACCUGUGCCAGACCUGAAAGUUGCGCUGACGGACGCCUCGUCUGAUGAGUUGGACCGUGUCAGGAUAACAUGGAGGGCACCUGAAACAGGUUACGAACUUGUGACAGGCUUCGAAGUCGACAUAGUGACGGUUGGACGGACCAGGCGCUCGUCGUACUCGUGUCGGCAGCUUCUUCUUAACAGGACACUGCAGGCAAAAGACGUCCUAAGCAAGAACUAUUUUGAGUACAUAACUGACCUGUCGAGGGGGCUGAAGUACCGGGUUAUUGUGAAGACUCUUCCGGGGCAGCAUUUGGAAGACAACUCUCAAACAAGCUUGGUUUAUGAAGCAAGGGAAUCCUUGGCUUGGGAGGAGCGACGACGUGCGUGGAAGCCCGAGCCUGUUGAGAUUGUGCGAAUCGUCGGUCGGAACGUCACCGUCAGCAUCUCCCUGGCUCCUGGUGACUUCAAGAUUGAUGAGUACAAUCUCCAGUGGAGCUGUGACACACGCUGGGGCGUCGACAAGUUCAACACGACUGGAGCUACCGCUACAUGGAACAGGACUCUGUACCAUCUUCCGCCAGGACAGUGCGGCAUUCAGGUUUCAUCAACCCUGGAUCCGAACGAUCCGAUCUGGAGCAACACCACGACGUUUUCAAUAACAGACUGGACCCCAGACAACCUCACAGCAAACUGUGACGGAACGGAGGUCUCUGUAACCUUCCGUGGAGCCCCUUCCGAGUGCAACUUUCAGGACUACCGGAUCUGUCUGUCUGUCAACACCAGCAACUCCCACAGCGAAAAUAUGACGUGCAACCCCCUGUUCAAGAAAGAUGACGACACCGGCGUAGUCAAGGCAGAGUUCGAGCACGUGAAACCGUUGCUAGACGGGCAUUUUUAUGCAGUGAAGGUUGGAGCUCCGUACCAGGAUUGUGAGUGGACCCAGGUGCGCGUCACGACUGCGAUGUCAGGUCUCAGCGAAAGUGCGGAGACUUCCGUGCCGCCUAAACAACGUGGGGUGCACAUCACACACAUCGUGGCCGUGGUUUCCGUGGCGGUGCUCAUCGGACUAGCCCUUCUCGGGAUCUUGUACUACCUGCGGAAAAAUAAACCACAAAUGAAUGUCCCCUGGCCAUGGUCGUUUUCGUUGGAGCCUAGUCCUGAUACUGUGUGCCCGGAAAAACGGCCAAUCCCACGCCUUUUCCUGGUGUAUUCGUAUGACUGUCCCGAACACUUCACGGUGGUUGAACGCUUUGCUGCCUCCCUGCAAAGAAUGGGCUUUAACGUGGUGUUGGACAUGUGGUGCACCAACCAGAUCAGUUGUGUGGGGAAAGUCGAAUGGGCCUGUGAGCAGCUGGACAGGGCGGAAUACGUCAUCGUCCUGUGUUCCCUAGGCGGACGGCACAAGAUGGAGGAUCGGAACGAACCGCCGCUGCAGGAGGGUCUUUUGGGGGAUAUGUUCACGCCGUGGGUCAAGGAGAUAGGUUCACGCAUCCACUCCGGCGACAGCGGUUCCCUGAGGAAGUACGUGGUGGCCUACUUCAGCUACUCGUCGGCGGAGGACGUUCCCCGGACGCUGCGGGGGGUCCAACCUCAGUACCAGCUGAUGAAACACCUGCCGGAGCUGUUCUGUCACCUGCAGAGGAUGGAGAGGAGGAGCGCCGCGGGGACAGCCAGGGUGGAAGGUCUGGAAGACAUUCAAAGGGAGACAGUAGAGGCGAUAGAAGCGAUGCAGAAACUCUGCGACGACAAGCCUGACUGGCUCUUCAACACGAACGACGAUGUCCCUCAUGUCGUCGACGUAAGUACACCGUCCACUCCACAAGAAGAAAUCCCGCUGCUUCCAACACCCUCAGAAAACAGCGUGGACAUGUCAGACUCCACGACUUCUAUCAGUGACGCACAAGAUGACGAGAAUGCACAGGACCAACAGCCUCUUCUUAGAAACGGAGCUGCUAAAGUAACAGAUGUAAGACUGUCACCUCAAGAUGAUGACUGUCGCGUAGACGUGUCACCAUCAGGUGACGUGUUGGCAGUGACGGGCAAUAUUGGACCGAUAGAAUCGCUCUCAGGUACUUUAGAGACUGCACAAAAACGUAGAGAGGACGAUCCUGAUAGGGGAAUCCCUACUUCCAGUGAACCAAGCGUAAAAGAAGCAGCAAGUGGGUCGUCGCAGGCGCCACCACCCCCGCAAACCACAACGGCCUUUCCACGACAAGUCCUCCCUCCGGCUCCACAAGAACAGUACAUUGAGUACGGGCCUGCAGCUACGGGUGGACCUUUCGGUGACAAUCCUAGAGAUUUGUACCGAACCCACACCGAACUCACACCACCAUCACCACCGCAAACCACAACAACCACCUUUCCACCACAAGUCCCCAUUCCAGCAGAACAGUACCUUGAGUACGGGGCUCGAGCACCAAGCGGAGUUUUCGCUCACAACCCCCACACCCAUCCAAACGGAGCACACUAUAGCAUCAACAUGUAUGAAAAUCCGAUGUACCUUAGCAGCCCUUCCUACCACCAACAUCCAUACAUCGAUGGACAAGGUACGGGACACCUAGAUCAGCCGGGCGGGUAUCCAGGAUAUAGGGAAGAGAAUCGUGGUAGCGACGAACAACCGGACAGCGGAAUCUUCAUGGAGGAUCAGCUGAGGCUGUACAAUCAAAUGGUGUGGGACAGUAUGCUACCCCAAUGAUAGUAACGUAGUCUGAAAUCGUUACCUUUCAGUGGAUAGCGCAGUGCCUAUCUCUGUUUCUAUAGUCUCAGGGCCACGCAGUUGUGCAAAACUACAGUAGACAGCAAAUCCACUGGUUAUGGCGUGUGUUUAACUGUUUUGCAAUGGCAAUGUCAAUGGAGGAACACAUACAAUAUCUAAGAAGUGGAAAAGAAUAGUUGUCUAAAAUAACCAAAAACAUACAUUCUUACUUUGUAGCAUAUGCAGUUUUACAGUGUAAUUUGAUAGGGCAAUGUAUAAUUAAGCCAUCUAUCGUCAAUUAUUUUUCAAUACAGAUGUAUGUAAACGUAUUGUGCUAAAAUUUUCAUGCCUUUCAAGUUUCUUUCUCUUUCAUAGAUUCAUUUGGAAAUAACAUGAUGUCUAAAACUAGUAAGAAAAAAAUACGUUUGUACUUUUAGCAUAUCUAUCAA